GUUUAUAAAGAUGGCGCUGGCCGGCGGCCGCCAUUCGCCGCGCGAACCCUACGCGCAUGCGCCCGCCUCGCGAGUGAACCAAUAAUUGACAGUUAAACUAUCAUGGCGGCCAAAUUUUACGUUGUAUGUUUGCUGGUAGCGACGGGCCUGGCGGCGGGCGCGCGACCGCGGCCGCGCCUGCACGUGCAGCCUCAGGAGUACGAGUACGAGCCGCAGGCGCAAGAACGAGCUUCCAAUGAUCAGGUGGUCCUGGUGUCAGCGGACGAGUACGACGCGCUGUACCGCGCCGACGACCGGCUCGACGAGUACGAACCGCGCGCGGCGCCGCGAGGGCCCGCGCGCCUCAAGACUCAGCCGCAGGAGCCCAAGCAGCCGCCCGUGCAGACCAUCAGGAACUACAACAAGGUAAACGAUGACGGCAGCUUCACCUUCGGUUACGAAGCCGCCGACGGCUCGUUCAAGGAAGAGACUCGCGGCACCGACUGCGUCGUCCGCGGCAAGUACGGCUACGUGGACCCCGACGGCAACAAACGAGAGUUUACGUACGUCUCCGGCAACCCUUGCGACCCCAACAAGCCCAACGAGGAAGAGGAACCCGAAGCACCUGCCCCAGACUCCGCAGAACGCGACGACGGCGUGCCUAACUACCCAACCAGGCCUGCCCAUCGACCGACCACUACUCGACCCACUACGACCUACUUCCAAAACGAUUUCAGAGACGCUGACGAGGAUGAGGUUGAAGAAGAACCUCUACAACACAUUAGGCAGAGAGUCGUCCAGCGCCCAACCCCGAGACGGCCCUCAUAUCAGUCUCAGCAGAUCGCCAUUACCCCGAGACCUUUGCCAGUAACGACUCCACGGGCCCUGCCGCCUGCGACGACAUUCCGACCUCAGUUGGUUCAAGUAACCGCUAAACCCCAGUACAGCCUCGAACCUGAAUACUCGCCGUCUCCGAUUCCUAACUACUCAGCUUCACCUGCUCCCGCCGCAUACUCACCUUCUCCAGCUCCUGCUGUGAUCACUACGGCUAGACCUAGCUCCGGACAAAUCGACUUCGCGGCCGAAUUUGCCAAGUUCCACCGUGAGAACCAAAUCCACAGCACAGCAUCGACUGCUACUAACGGUCCCUCGAAGGCUGCUGUCGCUCAAGCUCCUAGUGGUAAUCCUCUGUACUCUACCGAACUGGUAUAUGAUCCUUCGAGUGGAAGCUACAACACUCAGUUGUUCCAGUCCCUGCCUCAAACGAAGGGGGGAGAGUUGAAUCUCAACCAGCGCCUUCAACCUUACGUAGCCCAACCUCAACUUCAGCAGCAAAGACCGUUCGUUCCUUCACCUCAACUGCCAUCUAUACCGUCUUCACCCGCUUCGAACGUACCAUUGUUCCGUCACCAGAUACAGCACCAAAAUCCUCAAGAGAUCUAUCAGAGGCAACAAAAUGAGGCUCAAUUCCAGAACUCCCAACAGCUAUUCGCUCAGCAACAGCAGCUACAACAAACUCAGUUGCAAAGAGAUAGAGCCGCAGCGAGGGCUCAGGCGCAGAGGCUCGCGCAAGCACCGCAACCCCAGAGGGCCGCAGCUGGCCCUCAGUACUACUACGUCGCGCCGCGUGGUGAAUCUGCCUCCUCAGGGCAGAUUGACGCCUUCCUCAGAGGGCAUGGCAUCCAGUUCUAGUUUCUCUAUUAGUAGAAUAUCUUUGAGCUAGGUAAAUAAAACUAUCGACCAAUUUUGGCCUAGGUUUAAAUUAGGACCAUCCAAUCCAUUAUCAAUGUCAUUCAUAAACGAUUUUAUGACGGUAUAAUCUCCAUUAGUAAGUACGUGUAUACAGACAGCACCGGUCUCAAGAUAUUUGUAGUCAUUAGGUUGGUUACACUUAAUAUACGCGUCCUUCUUUAUUUUGUUAUUGUACCUACUUUGAUGGAUGGAUGACCUCUAAGCUGAUGACUGAUAUUUUAAUCUUUCAUAUUACCGUAAAUAACGCUCGAAAGGCCAUAUCCGAUUAAAUUAAGUGCUCACAGUAAAAAAACACUCGCAAUGUUCUAAUUGUAAAUAACUGUUGCUUAAAUUUUUGUCCCAUACUGUAAAGUUCUUUAUGCUAUAUGUUUGACUUCUUUCAUCAUAUUUUAAAUUCUCUCCUUGAAAACUACUUUAAAACUAUCUCCUGUUGAUAAUUGUUUUUGUUAAGUUGUUGUAUAGAAAUUAUUAAGGCAACGAUUCUAUGGUAUGUCAAAACUUAAAAUAAUAUUGUGUGAGGUUUUUGCUGUCAGUUCUUAAUUUAGGUCACAUUUAAAUGUUUGAGUACAACUAAUUGGUCGAUACGAUCGAAGUAUGUUAUGAAAAUGGAGUCUGUCAAAUACAUUAACACAAUACGUAAUAGGUAGUAAUAUUUUAUGAAAUUUGAAUUAAACCAAAAAUAUAUUUUGUAACCUAACCAAAAUUAAACUCUUGGAAAUAUCCUCCGUCGGAAUUCCAAGUCCGAUUUGAAACCAACAUGUUUUUUUUUUAUACAGCCUUUAAAUGGGGGUGUAUUGACAGACUCUUGAUGAUACGUGGCGUGGCCGCACUGUACAUAUAUGACGCUGUGUCUAAUCAGUACCUAAUCGUAAACAUGUAGUCAUAAGUAUAAAAUGUAAAAAUCCGCGCGUUAAGUCGACGACGCGCGGAUUAAUGUAAAAACCUUAGUAGUAAUUUUUGUAAUUUUUGUUUUAAUAUUAAAUUAUAUUUUUUACAA